GUAGGAGCAGAUUAUGUAUGUGAGCGAGCAUGGCUCUGCACUCGAUCUGCGGCUUCCAUACUAUCACAUGUAGGGUUUAUCUAGCUGUGCAGGAGGCAGGAGGAACCUAAUGCCGUUCUGCCGCUUGUCAAGAGGCAUUCACUACUACAGCUCGGUAGGCGUGCCAGGUUUUACAUGUCACUCUGGGUUCGCGAACUCAAUCAGACGUCCAUACGCUGGAGUAUCUCAACCGCUCUGGUGUAGAGAAUUCCAUUCUCAUAGAGGUUUUUUUUUAUUGUUGUUUUUAAAUUUGUCUGGUUUGUGUUUGCCACAUCUGGAUAAAUCGUUGGUUUUUAUGUUCGUGAGAAGCAAAUGUGAUGGUUGUACAAACUUCAAGCAACCUCUUGCAUACAACGAUUGUCAGUGACAUUAGUGCUGGAAGCACAGUUUUCCUGCAACGGAGGGAGCUACAGACGGCUGGCUUAUAAUAUCAGGUUAUGGUAUCUUCCACUGCAGAAUAAGUGAAUCCACCAUGGGAAACAAGGACAAUGAGAUGUGGAUAGAUGCAGUUAAAGAAGAUGGAUAUACCAUUGUAACGGAAAUUGAUUGUGGAGGUUUCAGCACUGUCUUCAAGAUAACAGAGGCGUGUACGGAUGGGACGUUUGCUUUGAAGAAAAUUCAGUCCAGUCGUCCAAUCGAAGAUGACGAAUACAUUUUUAAUGAAAUCCAGUGUUUAUUAAAACUGCGACAUAGGCAUAUUAUACAAAUGAAGAGCCUCGUGUUGACAGUGCAUGUUGCCUGCAUUAUUAUGGAAUAUGCCCCACUGGGCAAUCUGCAACAAUAUGUUAAGGAACAAGACUUGCUGUCUAAUAACCACAUUUUCAAUAUUUUUGGACAGCUCCUUUCCGCAACGGGUUAUUGUCAUUCCUGUCACAUUGCUCAUAGGGAUCUAAAUCCAAGCAACGUCUUACUCAUGAGCAGCACCUUUGUGAAACUUGGUGAUUUCGGACUAGCUUUUGAUUGCAACGACGACGACGGCAGGCCACGUCAGUGUAACGAGUAUUUAGGACAGGGGCCCUACCUGGCCCCGGAAGUGCUUUUAGGAGCUCCUUACGAUCCGAAACGUUCUGAUGUGUGGAGUUUAGGAUGUCUUUUGUUUUUUAUUUGUUUUAGAGACAAACCUUUCACUGGUUCACAGAAAUCCAUUCUCGCGACACAACUGGAGCAGGGAUUGUGUGUACCUGCACUACCGGAGGUUACGAUACAGACGUUGUUUUCCUCAACGAUGGGCAAUAUGUGUUGUGUUGACGUUGGCGAUCGACACACCAUUGACUGUGUCAGCCAACAGUGGCUCAAUUACGAUAUGGAAGAUUCGUGAGAAGUUUUUAUACACUUUUAUAUCAUUAUAUGUAUUUCAGAUGCUCGUUUCCAACAGUGCUACAAACAUACUCUAUAUUUGUAGCUAUAUUUAUAUUAGCUUUACAUUGUUCAUGACGAUUAAUGAAAAGCCAAACGAUUUUAAGGUCUACAUUACAGAUCUUUAAAAAUAUCUGCUAUAUAAUUGAUACCUUAUAUUUUUGCAUUUUCACGUGUUUUCCAUUCUACCUUUGUAUACAUGUCAACGGUAUAUCAAGCUCAAUGCAUGUAAAUCGCAUGUUCCCAAGACUAAUUGUAGAUUAUAUUAAUUGUUUCCAUUUAAUGUAAUUUAGAAUAUCAAGUACAUAUAUGCAUAUAUCUAAUUUUGCAGAAACAAUAUUUUAGAGUUCAUCUUUUAUCUUUGAUUACAAAGAUUAUACUUGAAGCUUAAAUAAUGUGGCUAAAAUAUAAUCAGUACCAGUAAAUUUAUUGUAAAGUAAGGUGCAAAUGACUUUGUAAAGUACAAUGCACACACAUGAAUACCACGUAAUAAUGCUGAAAUUAGUUAAACAAUUGUAUGUAAUAAACAAUUGCUGUGUUAUAGCAUCGUAUCAUACUAAUAUCAGAUAUAGAGAACUGUGAUAAAUUAUUUCAAGAUCAUGAGUAUAUAAUUUAACUAAACAUUCCAAUGUACAAUGUGUAUAUGUUCAAGAGGUAUGGAUAUUAUUAUGUGUGGAGUGACGUAAACAUCAUCAUAAAACAUUAAAUGAGAAAACAUAUGUAAGAACAAUACAUGUAUCAUUACAGUUUAUAGCAUUAUAUAAAUGGGGUGAAUAGUAUUUACCAAGAUUAUUAUUUUGUCCUUUUUGUAAUUAUCAUCCAUAAAUUAAUAAGUAUGCUAAUAAUAAGUAAAUUUGAAUGAGUUGUGACAUAUUUACACCACGAGCCUUAAUUACUAGAUAUCUCAUUCAUACUAACAGAUAUCGAGAAGGCAUACGUUCAGAGAAUGUUGUUCUCACGUGAACAUGACUAAUUUGACGUCUACAUUGUGUAAUGUUGAAAUGUGUUCCCGUGUUGAUGUAUUGUUUACAAUGCAUUCUUUGCAAUAAACGCUGGAAAUGUU